UGAAACUGUUAGCGCCGCUUCAAGGUUUCAACAGAAAUGUCGCGUGCACAGCUGUACUAGUCUGUUUCUUUUAUUUAGCCGUUUUUUUUUUCUUCCGUCGCUGGAAGGUUAGCUGGUCCUGCAGUGUGUCGCUAAAGUUUACGGAAUGGACUGGUUUUGUCCUCGGUGGCACACGGAUCAGAUUUCCCACAGCACCACUAGAGCUCGAGUUCUUGUCAUUUUCUGGACAAUGAUCCUGACCAUGAUGCUGUACCCAGUGAUGUCAAUGUUAGCUAUUCAGAUGUACACAGCCCUGAGUGGCAGUUACCUCGCUGGACAUCAUUCUGUAUUGAUCAUCAACUGUCCUUCUGAGCAAACCGCUAAAGACAUUGGCAGAUACAUCAUGGAGAAAAGAAUGGCAGCAUCUGUGAAUAUUCUCCCCCGCACAUCCACCAUGUUUUACUGGAAAGGGGCAAUUCAAGAAUCAUCUGAAACUCUUCUGCUUGUGAGGACCAGAACUUCUGUGAUUCAGCGGCUGUCUGAUUUUGUUAAAACCAUACAUCCAUAUGAAACUCCAGAAAUCUUCAGUUUUCCCAUGCAAGAUGGAAGUCACUCUUACUUGAAAUGGAUAGAUGAUGCAGUUCCUGAUGUAUAACUCAAUCAUUGUCUAUCAUCAUAUAAACGUACUUUCCUACUGGUUGGACAACAUUUAGCACUGGUCGUUACAACAGGUGCUAUUUCCUGGAUAAAGAAAUUUUGGUCAAGCUGGCAGUUAAAUAAAAAAAAAAAAAAAAAAAAGAUGAACCUAUCAGCAAAUGGCUAAGUGAAAGCAAAGUGGUGCAGUAGGAAAGAGUUUUGCCCUAUCUUUGUGAGAUCACGGGUUCAAACCAUGGCCAUGUGUGGCCAUAAAAGAGAGCGCAGUUGGCUCUGCACGCUCAAGCAUGUUCAGCUGCCCAGUGACUUUGCAUGAGCAGAAGUUUAAAAUGUUGUGCAAGCUUUCUCUGUCUUACAGGACUCUAAGCAUUUAAGAACUGUUCUUUAAUAACUACCAAAUAUUAACGCUCAUGCUAUGACUAAGUUGGAAGAAAACUGGAUAAAAAAUUAAACAUGGGAGAAUUUAAGAAUGCAUGAUAUUAAACAUACAUAUAAAUUACUUGGUAACCAAAGAUUACAUGAAUAAAAAUGACCUGCACUUGAGUGAGAUAGGUGAGAUAAGUGAGUGAUCAACUUUAUUAUUUAAACCCUAGUUACAGUAAUGAAACUACUGUAAAACAUUCUUUAGUGUACUUCACACUGACUAAAGCAUACACAUACAGUAUACAGAGAAACACAAUAAAUGUAACUAGCUAUCACCAUCCCGUUAUCAGUAUCUCUUUAUCUUAUGCAACUUUAGGUGUGAAUGACAGUAUAAUUUGACAGCAAGGAUAAAGCUGAUAGUUAUUAUUCCCAAAUUUCUGCAGAAAAAAACAAAUAAAUGCAUUCACAGUUCAGAAAGAAUAACAAUAAUGAUAAAAAAACUUCACCACUCCUGAAUCCAUUUAACUUUCCUUUUUCUUACUCUUUGUAUUUUCAUUGGUUUAUAUCUCAGCCUCUUAGUGUGUUAGCAGACUUGAUUAAUACCUAAUGUUAAGUCAGGAUAGGAUUUUACAAACACCCGACAUACUGUAGCACUUUUUGUGAAUUACUAUUAUAGGAUUAUCAAGAAAAUCACUCAUGACUCAUGAUUAUGAGCAGCUCAGGAAUUUACAUAAAUGCAGAUUUUACCAAGAUUGAGAUUUUUUUUGUGUGUGUUUUCAGAAUUUAUGGCAAAGGCAGCAUUUUUAGCGUAUCAUGCCAUGAACGUAUGACACCCUUAAAUGGCUUAGAAUUCCCUUUAAUUCCUCUCGCCUUUGUACACAUAUGAAGAGAUUUUUAUUUAGUCUACUUUACUGUAUGCUUGUGACUACUGUAUGGUCAGAGUUACAGGUUAGGCUUUUCCUCCAAACCUGAUCAUAUUCUCUUAAAAGAGCUCUCAGGGGUAUUACAAUGUAUGAGAAGUGUAUAAAUGUGGUGGAGUGGAUUGCUAACUAAAUCCUAGCUCAUUAUGCUGAGUAGUGAGCAUGGCCGAGUGAUUUUAUUAGCAUCUGCCUUGGGCUUGCCUGAAGCUGACCUACUGCAAUCAAAAAUCUUUAGAAAGGGACAACGUUUAAAAAUUAAUUUUCUUUUUACCCACCAAAUUAUCUAGCAACACAAUGUGGAAAUUUUCAGAUCAGGACAAAAUAAUUUUUUAAUUCUUUCUUAGUAUUCGUUGGGGACAUCAUUAAGUAAGAUCAUUGAUUAAGAUGUUAGACUAUUGCAUAUAU